AUGGGAAGGCCUGGUCCCGGCCAGGUUAGUCGCCCUGAUAGAGCCAUUAUACAUGAAGGAUGGACUGGAAAUCCAGUAGAGGGAAACGACAUUGCGCUUUUGAAAUUGAGCAGCAAGUCCAAGCAUAUUCCGGCCACUCUUCCCACAGCAUCUCACAUGCUACAGCGGGGUUACAAUCUUGUGGCCCUUGGAUGGGGCUCUGGAUCUGAAGAGCAUCUCCAACAAGCUGCCACGUUGAACAUCAUCAAGAACGAUGUCUGCCGUGGCGACGCUGUUUGGGGAGACGUCAUAAUCGAUUCCAUGAUCUGUGCAUACAGCCCCCAGGGCCAAGAUGUUUGUUCAGGUGAUAGUGGAGGCCCCCUCCUGGAGGCAUUCUCGCCCAUGGGAAACCUUUCAGCAGGAAGACCUGCCGUCGACGUCGCUGUCGGCAUCACAUCCUUUGGACAGGAGUCUCGCAGCUGCAGCGAUGCAGAGCGGCCCGCCGUGUUCACAAGAUUGAGCAGCUUUCGCUUAUGGAUAGAUUCCACCAUUCAGGGAAAAAAACUGCCGUCUUCCGCCCCACCCACGCCGACAGAGCCGACGCCUUCUCCUCCUGAACAAAAGGCACCACCGGCGGUGCCUGAUCGGCAGAGAAACCAGCCAGAAGAGCCCCAAAACGAAGCGCCCCAAGAUGGGCCGGGAGAUUCAGCAGAAGAGUCCACGUCCGAUGCACCGCCAGCUUUGCCCCCACAGGGAAGUGGACCCCUGUGCGAAGGGCAAGGGAAAAUCAUAACGGAGUCCAUACCGGGUUCCUACACAGCAAUAGGCACCAAUCCCAAGGGCACUGCACCAGAAACCUACCGGGGUUUUGUCACCCUGAGCAUCGAUGAAGAUGGCUUCUUUCGACAGGCGUGGCUGAUUGAAGAGACGUUAGAUUACAGAGGACAAGGGGUGCUCGUCGAUGACAUUCUCACAGUAGACUGGGGCAGCACGUUUCCAAUAGUUUACCGGGUGGGGUGCAACGGCACGCUGGUGGGGACAUGGGCGAAUGGACAGGCGACCGAGACCUUGAUACCGGCGGGCUGCCAAGGAGAAGGGAUCCAACCAGGCGACUUGUCAGCUUCGUACACAGUCACGGGAACUAAUCCGGCGUCCAUAGGAGCUCUCGACGAUGUGUACGAAGGUGUUGCGACGGUGACUGAAGAAUCUUCCAAAUUGUACCGAAUUAACUGGCGGGUAGGCACAGGCGAGACCGCGGCCAUGAGCUCGGGAACCUUCUCGCCUGAAGGGAACACCGUCAGCGUGGAUUGGGGCGACUUAGAAAGGAUCACGACAGUAUAUGACUGGCACUGCCAAAGGGGCAUCCUGCUCGGAACCUGGGCGGAUGGCAAAGGCACAGAGGCGCUGGCGCCCAGGGUGUGCGACAGGGAUGUCGGAAAGGACCUGUCGGGUACUUAUGACGCUUUUGUGGUCGGAGCAGAUGGGAUUGUGCAGACGGGCGAAGAGAUUCUGGAAGCGGGUGUCGGGGACGAGUAUAGCUUGAUUCGGACGAUCAAUGACAGAAACGUGACGGGUAAGGGCAGCCUGAAGGGCAGCGCCAUGGUGGUGAAAUGGAGCGAGGGGCCGACAGCCACCUUUGCCGUGGACUGGUGUGGAGGCUUUCUGCUCGGGGUUUGGGAUGACGGAGAAGGUUUCAAUGUGACAAAAGAACACCUGGUGCGGUAG